AUCGAAUUAAUAAUCAAGUCUUUUUCACACUAACCAGCUAUGCCAGUUAUUGAAAUCAAGUCACAAGAGCAGUUCACUGAACUCACCCAGGAUGACAGUUCUAAAUUAAUUGCAUUAUACUUUUACACCGAGUGGGCACCACCAUGCAAGACCAUGACAUCGGUUUUCCAAACCAUUGCCGAAUCCAAGAAGGACGAUCCCAGUAUAUUAUUCCUCCUGAUUAACGCUGACGACUUGAGCGAAAUAAGCGAGAUAUUCGAAGUCAAUGCCGUGCCUUACUUUAUCUUGAUACGUAAUGCCACCAUCUUGAAGGAGUUAUCUGGAGCCGACCCUAAGGAGUUUGUCAGUGCAUUAAACCAAUUCAGCAAUACCCCAGAACAACAAGCACAAGCACCAGCACCAGCACCAGCACCAGCUAUACAGAAGAAGGAAGUUGAAGAGGUUGAAGAAUCAGAAGACGAGUUGAAUCAACGAUUAAAGAAGUUGACUACUGCCGCACCAAUCAUGUUAUUCAUGAAGGGAUCUCCAAGCUCUCCACAAUGUGGUUUCUCAAGACAAUUAGUGGCUAUUUUAAGAGAACACCAGAUCAGAUUUGGAUUCUUUGACAUCUUGAAGGAUGAUUCUGUAAGACAAGGGUUGAAGAAGUUUAGUGACUGGCCCACUUUCCCUCAAUUAUACAUUAACGGUGAGUUCCAAGGUGGCUUGGAUAUCAUAAAGGAAAGUAUCGAAGAGGAUGAAAAGUUUUUCGAACAUGCCUUGGAAGCAGGCGCAUAAUUGGCUCCGACUAUAUACAUGUAUCUUAAUAUAUAAUUUUAAACUAGUCUAUAUUCUCCCUUGAGAUAUAAGUAGAUCCAAUUCAGGAUCCGACAGAAAUCCAUCCUCGCUAUCAGCAUCAGUUUCCAUGUCGCUUUCCAGUAUCGGAUCACUUAGCUCUCCCUCGCUAUCUAGUUCCACAUCUUCCAACUUUUUCCGUUUGAUCUCGUCUUGAAAUUGAUCGUAAUCCACCCGCUCGUCUUCUACUUCAUCAUCAUAAAUCUUUUUAAACUUGCCGCCUAGCCUAUUAUAGCUAUACCUCUGUUUAUACCGUCGGUUGUAUAUCAUGGGAAGAAAAUAUCCGUCAAUCAUAUUCAAAUCAUUAAAGGAGCUUCUAGGUGUAAUGUACCUCUGGUAAUCGCGCACUUGUCCCGCGGUGAUUCGUGCUAGCCUGGCCAUUUUAAACUGCUUGGGAAACCUAAUUUGGUCCUGUCGUUUAGUGGACGUGAGCUUUCUUAGAUUCACGCGGGCAGACCGUAUACCUAUGUCAGUCACACCGAUAUCAGAUAUGCUCAAGUCGUUAGUUAUAUCUGCCGCAAGUUGGACGGGGAAUUGAGAUGUGUUUAAAAUGUGAUAGUUUUCCAAUAAUCCAAGAUUAACCAACGGUAGAUUGUCCUGAAACUGGGAGAGAACUUGAUCAAUGGAGUGGUGGUCCACGUCUUCCUUGUUCAUAUGGGUGAAUUCCGAGCUUGAAUACAAGAUCUUUCCAAUUGCAUGAAAGAGAUUUAUUUGAUUUUCACGAAGACAUACCGUGUCACUAUUCAAUAUCGUCCAUAGUUGUAAAUUUGAAAUAAUCAGACGGAUAUCACCGACUUUGUACAUCUGAUCAAGGACCAGCUUCAACUUGACCUUGUUUAUCUUGUUAAACACCGGUUCAUUCUUGACGAUAUUCGAUAUUGUCUUGUUAAGAAACCUCACGGCAAGAGGAUUGAACUUGAUGAUGUUCAUUUGAGAAGCCAACAGCCUUCCGAACACCGUGUCUACUGUCAAUGUAUUUUCAAUGUUAUACCACGAUUCACCUUCCCCAUAUUCAAUCUCGGUAAGACAUAUGACGAGCGGAGGCAACUCCCCGUCAUAACUGAUCCACUGUUGGAGUGAGUUUCGGAAUUUCUCUAAUGUAGGUGCAUGAAACACAUUGGGUAAUUCUUCAAUCAAUACUACGGCUAGGUUGGGACCAAUUCUGUAGCGACAAUUACUCAAGAAAUCCUCAAUAUCGAAAGUUUCGUUGUAUUCCACGAGACAAUCAGACGAGUCAAUCAACUCCUUUGCUAGUAAUUUCGCCGUGGUGGACUUGGAACAUCCUGAAGGACCGGAAAGCACAAGAACGCGUGAGGUCAGGGUGUGGUUAAUCAUAGAAGUCAAUGCAUUUCUUACCUGGGUUAGUUUGGUUGGGUUGAUGCAGAUGUCUGAUGUUGAAAUGGGGGCAUAUUUGUCGAUCCACUGGACUGAAGAUGGCGGUGGUCGUGGUGGCGACUGAGAAGGUGAUUUCAGAACAAUGAUGCUGUCAUCAGAGUCGGAAUCUAUUUGCUCGAACGAGGAUUCGACCGGUUG